AUGCUGAUCUUUGGAGUCCAGACGAUGGGAAACGGUUCAAUCAGACCAAGAGCUGAAGAUCUCAACCACGACCCAGGUCCAAGUCUUCUGAGGAGGCGUGUACUGGAGCUGGAGCUCGAGCUGCGUCAGAAGGACCAGGACUUCAGGACUCGUUUGGACCAACUCCAAAAAGAACUGGACUCGAAAACCUCCCAGAUCCACAAACUCCAGGACGCGCUGGGACACCACCAGGGCAGCCAGGACUCGUUCCCGCGGCGGCGGGUGUUCAGUGCCAUUCAUCGCGCUCAGAGCAGUUUCCAGCAGGUGGCGCUGGAGGUUCAGCGCCGACUCAGGGCCAAAGACGGAGUCUCCGCUGAACCCACCUCUGAGUCCUUCUGUCCUCACAAGUCUCCAGACGAACUCAGGUCAGGAGGUUCUGCUCAGGUCAGGAGGUUCUGCUCAGGUCAGGAGGUUCUGUUCAGAACGUGCCUGAUGAUCACGGAGGCUCUGCUCCUGUCGGGUGGUGGUUGGUUGGUGGUGGGUGGAGGUUCUCGUGGGUCUGGGGUUCUCCUGGUCACAUGUUCUCCGUUCUUCCGUAGAACGUGCCUGAUGAUCACAGAGGCUCUGCUGCAGAACGACUUCCUGAAGGAGCUGGAGCUGAGUGUUCUUCAGGAGAUCAGUGAGAACAUGUACCAGAGCGAGUACAGCGCCGAGCAGACGGUCGUCCAGGAGGGGGCGCCAGGAGGUUCCUCUACGUACUCACUGGGAGUUCUUGCAGUGGAACAGUCUGGUCGAUUUCUGGGGCAGAUGUUUCCAGCGACGGCGUUUGGAGAACUCGCCAUUUUAUACAACUGUAAAAGAACCGCCACAGUCAAAGCCGUGUCUCAGUCUCUGGUCUGGGCUUUGGACCGUCUGAGUUUUCAGUCCAUCGUGAGGAGGACGACUCAGCAGCGCCACCUGGAGCACUGCAGCUUCCUGCGCAGUGUGUCUCUCCUGAAGGACCUGCCUGAGGACAUGUUGUCUCGGAUCGCAGACUGUCUCCAGGAGGAUCACUACGACAGGGGGGAGUACAUCAUCCGUGAGGGGGAGGAGGGGGACACCUUCUUCAUCAUCGCCAAAGGACAGGUGUUGGUGACUCAGAGCUCUGAGGGCUUCACCGAACCUCAGGAGAUAAAAACUCUGUCCACAGGAGAAUAUUUCGGAGAAAAAGCUCUCAUCAGUGAGGACGUUCGUUCUGCAAAUGUGAUCUGUGCAGAAAACGACACACACUGUCUCGUCCUGGACCGAGAGAGCUUCACUCAGAUGGUCGGGAGGCUGGAGGAGCUUCAGGAGAAUCUGAGGAGCUACGUGGAAGAACUGUUCCUGAACGACCAGAGGAGGAACAAGAGUCCAGACCAGGACCUGGACCAGGACCAGGACCUGGACCCGGACGAGUCCUCAGACCUGCUCAGACUCAGAGACAAACUGGACCAUCUCAGACCGGACCAGCCUCUGGACCAACUGCAGCUCAUCGCCACACUGGGCAUGGGCGGCUUCGGACGAGUGGAGCUGGUGAAGCUGAAGGACGAGGAGAAGACCUUCGCUCUCAAAUGCAUCAAGAAACAUCACGUGGUGGAGCACAAACAGCAGGAGCACGUCUUCUCCGAGAAGAACCUCCUACAGCAGAUCAACUCCCCCUUCAUCGUCAGGUUCUUUCGGACUUUCCGGGAUCAGAAGUUUGUGUAUCUGCUGUUGGAGGCGUGUCUGGGAGGAGAGCUGUGGACCGUCCUCAGAGACAUGGGUUCCUUUGAUGAGUCCACGGCCCGGUUCUGUUGUGGUUGUGUUCUGGAGGCUCUCGAGUUCCUCCACAAGAAGAACAUCAUCUACAGAGACCUGAAACCAGAGAACCUGCUGCUGGACCAGGACGGGUACCUCAAACUGACGGACUUCGGGUUUGCGAAGCGUGUGGUGAGCGGGAGGAAGACGUGGACCUUCUGUGGGACUCCUGAGUACGUUUCUCCUGAGAUCAUCAUGAACCGAGGACACGACUCUGCGGUCGACCUGUGGGCGCUGGGCAUCCUGCUGCACGAGCUGCUGACCGGCAGUCCUCCCUUCAGUGGUCCAGAUCCCAUGAAGAUCUACACUUCGAUUCUUCGCGGGGUUGAAAAGGUCGACUUCCCCAAAAAGAUCCGGAAACGACCUGAAGACCUCAUCAGACGCCUCUGCAGGUUGAAUCCUGUGGAAAGACUUGGAAACAACAAGAACGGAAUCAACGACAUCAAAAAACACAAGUGGUUUCUGGGUUUUCAUUGGGAGGGCCUCAGGUGCCGACAACUCCAGUCUCCACUGCACAGACAGGUGACGGGUCCCACAGAUCACAGUCACUUCGACGUGUUUUCUCGGGACACGGACGAGCCUCCGGACGAGCUGUCGGGCUGGGACCAGAACUUCUGA